GAGAAACCAUUUACAUGCACUCAGUGUGGGAAGGGGAAGAGUUUCAGCUGCUCAAAACACGUUAAUCUACACAUGAUGAUUCACACUGAAGAGAAACCAUUCACAUGCACUCAGUGUGGGAAGAGUUUCAUCCGCUCAUCAUCCCUUAAUAUACACACGAGGAUCCAUACUGGAGAGAAACAAUUCACAUGCACUCAGUGUGGGAAAAGUUUCAGCCAAUCAUCACACCUUAAUCAACACAUGAUGAUCCACACCGGAGAGAAACCAUUCACAUGCACUCAGUGUGGGAAGAGUUUCAUCCGCUCAUCAUCCCUUAAUCUACACAUGAGGAUUCACACUGGAGAGAAACCAUUCACAUGCACUCAGUGUGGGAAGAGUUUCAGCAACUCAUCAGACCUUAAUAAACACAUGAAGACCCACACUGGAGAGAAACCAUUUACAUGCACUCAGUGUGGGAAGAGUUUCAGACGCUCAUCACACCUAAAUGAACACACAGUGAUCCACACCGGAGAGAAACCAUUCACAUGCACUCAGUGUGGGAAGAGUUUCAGCCGAUCAUCACCCCUUAAUAAACACAUGAUGAGCCACACCAUUCAGAGAUACCAUUCACUUGCACCUAAGCUGCAGCCACACUAGACUUUUCUCCCCAUAGACUUCCAUUCAUACGCACACGAAUGCGUCAGACCGAAAAUGCAAGUUUCGCAGUUCACUGCAUUGCGAAGUUCAAGCUUGGUGAACUCUGACCUGCGAAAUCGCUUUACUUGACUGUGUGAGACCAAUCGAAGAUCAAAACAUGACCUCUCUGGACAGAAAUGUAAAAUAUGGACCAAUCGCUUACUUUUUUUAAUAUCUAUUCAUCUUGUUUAAUCCUGCCCUUUUCGCAGAGCUGUACAACAGAAUUUUGCAUGCUCAAACUCUAGUGUGACUCCAGCUUUGGCGUGGGAUGAGUUUCAGCAACUCCUCAGACCUUAAUAAACACAUGAAGACCCUCACUGGAGCAUUUACAUACACUCAGUGAGGGAAGAGUUUCAACCGAUCAGCAAACCUUAAUGAACACAUGAAGAUCCACACUGGUGUGAAAGAGUAUGUGCUUUGAGUGUGAAAAGACUUUUAUUACAGCUCCAAAAUUGAAACUGCACCAGAUGUUUCACACUGGAGAGACAGUACAAGUGUUCACACUGUUACAAGAGGUUUAAUCAAUUAA